ACGCCUUUAAAGAAAACCGGAAACUCUUUGUUGAGGAAGAAGUAGUUAGCAAGCAGCUACUACCAAGGAAAUUAGUUAAAAAAGAAAAAAUCAUAUUCGUCGUUAUUAGGACGAAAGUCUCUCCAAGUCUCAACAAUGUCGGGAUCAUCCAACAUCGUAAUGAUGAAGAAAGUCGUCCAGCAGUUACGCCUUGAAGCCGGCAUUAACAGAGUUAAGGUGUCCCAGGCCGCCGCGGACCUGCAGCAGUUCUGCCUUCAGAACGCCCAGCAGGACCCUCUGCUCACCGGCAUGUCAUCCAGCAACAACCCGUUCAGACCACAGAAAGUCUGCUCCUUCCUAUAGCACUCACAGACCCUCCGUCUCUUUUGCAGGUUUUGGACAUUGUGGUGCCUUGUGGAAUUGGCUGCAGGUCCCUGCAUCAUGGACUGGAAUUGUCUCAGGAGAGUUAAGGAAUAUGGGAACAAACAACUAACUUAAAAGUUUCUUUUUUUUUACUUCUUUGUAAAAUCCCAUACAGAACCAAUUCCAGGUGCUUUGGAGGCACAUUAGAUGUCUUAACUUUGCUUUAAAGUAACUAACCCAUAUCAACACACACAAAUGUGCCUUUUGAAUUGUACAUUUUUCAUGACUGAUUGAGAAAAAAAAUGGUUAUUUCCACAUUUUAGACUUUUAUUAAAACAAGUAUAUACACAUUUAGACAGCA